AUGGCCAUUGGCGAAACAAAUCUCAAUGCCCUCCUGCGCACCCUCUCCCCCAUUCUCUCCCCAGAAACCUACGUCUGGAUAACAACCACCCACUCCCUCGCCUCCCUCCCACUCACAACCCUCCAACCCGUCCACCUCUACCACGAAACCGAAGGCCUCACUAUAGUCACCACCAAGGAAUCAGCCGAAUCCCACGGGUUUGAAUAUACAUUCCCUUGUAAAAAGAUAACACUCAAGGUUCACUCCAGUCUUGAGGCUGUGGGAAUGACGGCUGUGAUUUCGGGAAGGUUUACAGAGUUGGGGGUGAGUGCGAAUGUUGUUAGUGGGUAUUUUCAUGAUCAUGUUUUCGUACCCGAGGGGAAAGAGGGGAUUGCUAUGAGAGGGUUGGAGGAGUUGACGAGGGAGGCAAUGGAGAAAGAUACUCCUUGA